AUGGCAUUAUACUGCGGCCCGCACGCAUGUUUCGAUUGCGGCUCGCGCCUCGUGUCGCUCUGCAAGCUCGUGCGCUACCGACACGGGGCGCGGCGACUAAAGCGAAGGGAGUUCGCGGCGCUGCGGGGCCGCGUCGGGCUCGUGUCGUUCCCGCGCUCCGGCUCGACGUUAAUGCGCCUCCUACUUGAACAACGCACGGGCCUCUGCACGGGCUCGGAUGGCUCGCUCGCUUGGCCCUUGGUCUUCAGACUCCGCGCGGUCGGACUGAGAGGCGAGGGGCGCGUCGACUGCUGGUGCAUCAAGUCGCAUUGGCCCGAGAGGCGAGGACGGCAUUUGCGCGUUGCCGCGGCCGUCGUCGUGGCGCGCAACCCCUUCGACGCCAUCGAGAGUAUGUGGCACUUUCUCGCGACGCGCUCCCACGAGCGGACGAGCCGCCGACGCGAGCCUGCCAGCUGGGACGCGCACGUGCGGGGACAUGCGCGGUCCUGGGCCGCGUUCCACGACCACUGGCUCGCCGCCGGUGCGGACGUUGUUCGGUUCGAGGAUAUUGUUGCGGCUGGCGAGGCCCGUGACGCCGCCGUCGAGCGCGUCGCAGCUCUCGGUUUGGCACUCGGCGCUCCGAUCCCGCAAAAAGCCGCGAUGCGCCCGACGGCCCUCGCGCGCGCGAGGCGCUCGGGCCGCGUCGGCGCGGGCCUCGCGAAUUUCUCGGCGGACCAGCGCGCCUUCGUCCUCGCGACGUGCGGAGAAAGCAUGCGAGCCCUCGGCUACGAUGAUUCGGGCGCGGCGACGGCCGAGCCGCGCCGCCCGGCGAAAGCUCGCCUUCCUGGCGACGGCAUCGCCCUCAGCGCACACUAGUUAGUCUCCAAGUUUGUAUCUAUCCUCCCUCAGUGCGCCGUCGACGCCGCCCCCAAACAAGCGAAAUGAACACUCCGUAUGUUAGGAAGGGGAUGGGGAAAGGGAACGGAGCGGCGCCUAGUCCUUCGACGCCUUCAGGCCCAGCGCCUGCUCGGCCUCGUCCAUCGUCGCCGAGUCGCGGUUCGUCACCGUGAGCCGGCGUCGCAGGCCAACGCCACCAACGGUCCAUCCCGCGGCGCGAGCGACGCGUCGUCGGCCUGGGAGACCGUGGAGCCGACGCCGAAGCCGCGCAAUGCCCGCGAGGCGAGCGCGAGCAAGCGCGUGCCGCGAACCGUGGACGAAGAGGACUCGUGGGAGGCGUCGCCCCAGCAUCCGGGCGACCGCCACCGGCGGCGCCGGAGCGUAUCUCAAGCCGUCACGCAGGCGCGCUGGGCCUCGCCGGCGUCGGACCUCACGGACUCGCCGAGCGCCGCCUGGUCGGGCACGCAUAUGAACGAGUAAACACAAUAC